AGCUCUGUGUUUAUUUAGCAUGUCGUGUUCACGUUUAGCAUUUGUUACUGUUCUGUCAAGCACUGUUAUUUUUUUCUGUGUGUUAAACCUUUGGGCUGGGCAGUGUGUUGGGAAUGGGGAGCUGCUCUGUUUGGAGGUUCUCUGGUAAUGUGGGAGGAAUACCUUUUCAAAUGCAGUUCUUUGCUAAAAACAGCAAAUUUGCAGGCUGCUGCUUCUCUCUGUCUUCCUUUGUUCACUUAACUGCUUACUGAAAGUGAGAAUCCUGCAGUUCUUUCACAGAUAAAUUAGUAAUGACCACAGUAAGGAGGCGGCCUCAGUUAACAGUGCUGCUUUGGGCCUGGUGUUAGAUAGCAAUGCUGUAUUUACAGUGACCAAUACUCAAAUAACUUUUUAGAAUAAAAAGAAUUAGAGUUUGUGUCUUUUCAUCUUUGAUAAAGUGUCUGAAAUAGAUUUAGCUUAUUAUUAAGGUAGGGAAGGUGAAAGGGAGCCGGCAGGUUCAUUGUUUUAAAGCAGCUCAGUUUGUCAUCUCUUCUUCUGGUGUCUUGGCAACUGUAGCAUUCAUUGUUGUUGUAUGCAAGGAUAAUCUGUACAAUGUAUAAAUGAAUUUAAUGAUCUCCAAUUGCAGCGUUUUGCAGAGUAGAGCAUAUCCAGGAGAAGAGUCUAUGUUGUUUCCUUUUUUUUUUUUUUUUUUUUAGCGAAAACUUAUAAAUAAAUUUUGAAUUUCUAAGUUAAGCACUCUCUUUCCUAACUCUUUGUAUCCAUGUACGGUGGGAGUAUCUCAAAGCUCUGCUUUGUCCAGUUCCUGAUAGCAGAGCUACUGUUCUCAGAACACGUGGCUCUUUUCUUACCCUCAGCACGUGCUCAGAGCAGAGAGCUGCUGUGAAGUUGUGUUGUGGUCUUAGAGUGAACCCAACACAACCUGCAGAGGCAGAAAAGGCUCAUGCUGGGUUCUGGAAUAGGUAGGCCUGUUAGAAAAGAUUCCUUACAGCAAGCUCUGUGGAAGAGGUAAGUUAUGGUCUAGAUCACAUGGUUUCGUAUAUCUGUCUUGUUUCAGGUUGGAUAUUAGGAAAAAUGCAUUCUGAAGAGUGGUGGUGUGCUGGUAGCACUCCGCACUGGUGGAGGCCCCAUCUCUGGUGGUGGCAAAGAACCACGGAGAUGUGGCAGCUGGGGACACACGUGGGGACAGCAGGGAUGCACACACUGGGGGUUGGACUUGGGGAUCUUGGAGGUCUUUUUCAACCUGAACGAUUUUGUGUUUCAGCGCAGGGAAAGCUUCACACACGGGUAACAGCUGGCAAAGAAUCUGCCUGCCUUUCUGCACUCCAACGUGUGGAAGGCGAGCAGGCCAAGCGGGAGGCAGCAGUGGUGGAUGCUCCCAUUGGUUUGCAGCCCUGCUGGCGCAUCGUUUUAUCUGUACAGACUUAAAGUGCUAAAGACUACGAGCUGCAGCUCUGAAAAUGAGGUAAAAAAAAAAAAAAAGGACCUCGCCCUCCUCCCACCCGCCCCCUCAGGAGGGUGAGCUCUCCGUGCACGCUUUACAGACGUGGCUAAUCGUUCCGAAAUAGAUGAGCGCAGUAAGAAGGCGCGGCAGCGACGCUGAGACCAAACGGGGACUCGAACUGCGCGCGUCCCAAAUUCACGUUUCCCUCACGCUGCAUCCUUAGGGUUUCCGAUCCGCGUCCUCUGCCCGCCGGAUGUCGUGCGGUGCUGCGCCAAACGGCGAACAAACCGCAACGCAACCCGCGCCACCCCAACCUCCGCAUCCUCACACGUGACGGAGCAGCGCCCCGCACGGGUCCUCACGGCGCCUUCGGGCUGCCCGUCGUGCUGCCUGCGCGAAAAUGGCGCCCUCCCCGCCGUCCACGCCUGUACCGGCGCUCUGCGGGGCAGCCCCGCGUUGUGAGGACCCCGCGAGGACCCCUGAGCGGCAGGAUGGCAGCUCGGCGCGCGCUGAAAGCUGUCCUGGUGGAUCUCAGUGGCACGCUGCACGUCGAAGACUCGGCCGUGCCGGGUGCGCAGGAAGCUCUUAAAAGGCUGCGUGCUGCUCCGCUAACAAUUCGGUUUGUGACCAACACCACCAAAGAGUGCAAGAAGGACCUGCUGGAGAGGCUGACCAAACUGGGCUUUGACAUUGCGGAACAUGAAAUCUUCACGUCUCUGACGGCAGCCAGAAAUCUUCUGGAGCAGAAGCAGGUGCGGCCCCUGCUCCUGGUGGAUGAGAAGGCCCUGCCUGAUUUCACAGGGAUCGCCACUGAUGACCCCAAUGCAGUGGUCAUAGGACUGGCUCCUGAACACUUUCACUAUGAGAUGAUGAAUAAAGCUUUUCGGUUGAUUUUGGAUGGUGCUCCUCUUAUAGCUAUACAUAAAGCCAGGUAUUUCAAGAAAAAAAAUGGCUUGGCUCUGGGGCCUGGACCUUUUGUAGCUGGACUGGAAUAUGCCACAGACAUCAAAGCAACAGUGGUGGGAAAGCCAGAGAAAACAUUCUUCCUAGAAGCUUUACGAGGGACUAGCUGUGCCCCAGAGGAGGCUGUCAUGAUUGGUGAUGACUGCAGGGAUGACGUUGGCGGGGCCCAGAAUGCAGGCAUGCGUGGGAUUUUGGUCAGGACUGGUAAAUAUCGACCAGCAGAUGAAAACAAAAUCAAUCCACCUCCUUACUUAACCUGUGAGAGUUUCCCAGAGGCAGUAGAACAUAUCCUAGAGCAUCUGCUAUGAGAAGUUGGAUAGUUCGAAGAAACAUGGGGGUUCACAUAAUUUACUCUUGCUUCCAAAAUUGAGGUCACAGGAUCAGUGCAUGCUCAUCAGAAACAUAGCCAUAAGCUCCUUCCCAUCAAGAUGUGAAAGGAAGAGUAGUGGUGCAUGGCACCAGUGUGGUCACAACAUAGCUUUUUUCCUGCAUUCAUUUCUUGAGGCAGUGAUUAGGGACCUCGGAUGAUCGGCAGGACAGGUAGCACAGGAAGGCUACAGCACAACUGCUUUCCUGAAGGAUGCAUGGAGUGUGGUAGAGAGUUCUGUUUGUUUUCAGUUUUCAUGAAAUAGCUGAUGGAAAGACCGCUCUGAAAAGUGUUAAGAAUAAACUAAACUGGAAAACCCACAAUAUUUCCUGAGAGGAAACACUCGAACUGUAAAGCCUAACAACACCUUAGUCAGUCUGUAGUGGUCUCUCUGUUGUAAUUUAAAGGCAGAGAUAAGAGCAUGUACAAGUGACUUCUAUAUUAAAAUAGUGCCAUUGUUAAUAACGACUACUGUUAGCAUCUUUAUUCUCAUUGGACCAGAUCCUGGUUUUUGUUUUCCAGAUUUUGCAUAAAAUUAAAAGUGUCAGCAGUGUACAGAUGUUUUAAUUAGAUGCUGUUAUUAAAAAGAAUGGUACUCAAACAAAAAUCUGGUAUUAAAUGCCUUAGACUUUGAAUUUUUAAAGAAAGUUAGUUUUCAGCAGGGUCCUAUUAACGCUACAGUUCCAAAAUUUCACUGUUGUUGGUUUUUGUUUCUUUUUAAUGUUAUGGGAAAAACCCUUCAUGAGCCGUGGGGACAUAUUCAAGUUUUUACACAGUUGGUUAGCAGAGCUGUAAAAUGAAAUUUAAUUCUGUCGUGUGCAUUGCUUCUCCUCUGUGUUAAACACACCAAUAUGAACCAACUCUGUAAUGAUGGGAAAUAGCUUUUCUGGUCCAUUUGCAAACUGUAAUAAUCAAAGUCCUUUACAGUUGUUUUAUAGUGCUCCUGAGUCUUAAAUUACUAGAUUGUAAUUAUACAGUACUGAAGUAUUAAGCUUAUUGAAAAUAUAGGUUUGUGUUAAUGAGCCAUGCUCAUUCUUUGUUAACAAAAAAUCAUUGUGAUGAAUGAAUGGGAAGCUUGCCUUAAAUGAAAGAUGGUCUGGCUGCAGCCAGGUGGUGGGUUACUUACAGUUAGAUUAACCUACAGCUGUGAAUAAAUUUAAACAUCUGUGGUUCUGCCAGCACUUCUGAAUCUGUGUUGUUUGUUGCUGGCGCGCAUGAAGGAAGUUUGUGGGCUGCAGUCAAAGUCAGGUGAGAGAUCUCUGAAGUAAAAUCCUGGGAAGAAAUUUCUCUCAUGAUUAUGCUAGAUUAUAUUGCUUUUCUACCAUGACUCCCAAUUGUUUCUAAUCCCUUGCUCUUUCCACCUUGGAAGUAACCCAAACCAACCAGUAAUACGCUCAGGCUUCGAUUUCAUAUGAAAACAAAAAAUCAACCCAAUGUACCAGGCACUGUUAAGCUCAAUUUCAUUGAAAGCAAUCACUUACUUAGGCUUGGUUAAAAAGGCACACAGGUCUCUGCUAGCAGAGCUGUGCUGAUUGUGAUGCUUUAGUGAGUCUCAGAAAGGAGGGUUACCCUCAUCACCUGCUCCAGUUCUUGGACUCCAAACCCGUAAACAGCUACUGAGAAUAAAGACUGAAAAGCAAUCCA